AUGGCCGGCCCGAGUGACAAGGCGCGCUUCUACCUGGAGCAGUCAGCGACGGAGCUGAACGAGCUUGAGCGCAAAAAAAUCUUCAGCAGGGAAGAGAUCAGCUCAAUCGCGAAGAAGCGGUCGGAUUUCGAGCACAUCAUCAAUGCGCGCGGCUCGCACCCCGAAGACUACAUGCGCUACAUUGAGUUUGAGAAGAACGUCGACGCUCUCCGCCGCAAACGAAUCAAGCGACUGGGGGUUCGGUACAAGGGAUCUGGACAGCGGACAAUCUAUCUUCUCUACAAUCGCGCGACGAGGAAGUUUUCGGGCGACCUCACACUAUGGAUGCAAUACAUCGACUUUGCGCGCAGGGACAAGGCAUACCGGAGGCUCAACGACAUCUUCACCUCUGUCGCUCGCCUGCACCCCACCAAGCCCGACAUAUGGAUCCUUGCGGCAACCUAUUUCAUGGAUACCCAGGCCGACAUUACCAAUGCGCGGAGCUACAUGCAGCGGGGGCUGCGCUUCUGCAAAAACUCGGAAGUCAUGUGGCUCGAGUAUGCCAAGCUGGAGACCAUCUACGUGGGCAAGAUUGCAGGCAGGCGGAAGAUCUUGGGUCUCGAUGUCGAUCGCACAAACAAGCCAAGCACGGAUGAGGAGGGCGACGAGAACAUGAUUGCGCUUCCACAAGUGACGGCCGAGGACGUGAAUCCCAGCCUGAAGCAGGACGACGGUGUCGACGAGGUGGCGCUGCAAAACCUGGCAGCUGCGCCCGUGCUUACGGGAGCGAUUCCCCUGGCCAUUUUCGAUUCAGCCAUGAAGCAGUUCCAGGGCCAAGCCAGGGUGGCCGAGAGGUUUUUUGGCAUGUUGGCCGAAUUCGAGCAGCUCUCGUGCAUACCACGCAUGCUGCAGCACGUGCUAGACUAUCUUCAAGAGACGUCGCCACAGGCUGUGGAGACUGCUCUAUGCAAGUUCCGCAUGCAGUUGUACGGCUGCCAUGGCGCCGAUCCUGAUAUUGCCCUUGGACUCAGUAAGGCGCUGGACGUGAUAAGCAGCGCCCUUGAGCAGCAUCGCGGGGAGGGCAGCAGAAUAGCCGAGGCGGCAGUUGCACAGCUCUUAUCUCUGUAUCGGUUACUCGCGGAUAGCGACCAGUCGCUACAGAAGGCAUUGCGGGCGGCACUGCGAAAAUAUGUGCGGAUCAUGGAAGACGGUGAAGGGACAGGCGAUAAGGUUGCUGGUUUGGCCGAGUCACUGCGGCAGCAGGGCAAGCGAGACGAAGCGCAGCUGUUGGCUCAGAUGGGCAGCAAAUACUGGGCUACGAAUGAAAGGCUACAAAAGUACGUGUUGGCGGCAGAGUCGAGAAGCAAUUGA